AGUAAUUUUAUCCCAGCGUAAAAACUGCGCUUGCUAUUUUUCUUGCCCAGCCUUGUAAGACCUGCUCAAUGGAAUGAUCAUUCAGCACAUUACGUCUGGUCAACCAAAAUAUGGUCGAUGAAUGAAUGGAAAUAGGAUUGACACUCUUCGUAUUUUUUUAUUAAUUCAGUUGGGGAAUUGGGAAACUGGAGCCGGAACUCUGUCUUGCUGGUCGGCUGCUCGAGACCUGAGAGGUUUGUUGACGCUAGAAAAUUCAUGGGUGUUUUAAUUAAACAUUAUAUGCACGCAUCAAAAAAGUCUAAGCAACUGGUAGAGUUCAGAACGUUUUUGUAAAUAUUUACAUAACUUAAACACUUCAAUAACUAUUACUAUCCUACAUAAAAUAUUAUAAAGUUUGCCACAUCGUGCAAAGGUUCAUAUCGUAGGUCGAGGUCGGGCUCGCAGUGCGCAAGCGCGGAGUUAUCGAUCGUCGACGAGCAGGCCGCCACGCGUCGCACAAUCUGCAGCCGCUAAUGUAACCGUAAACAAUUAGUGAGCUGAGCAGUGAGGAACCUGGACAGCCGCACGUCGCACCCCGGCGACGCGAGCAGCCGGCAGCUGCAUGUACAUGGCCGCGCGCACCGCUAGCGCCGCGCCUCCCCAGCCCCGAGCGAGAGCUAGAGCGAGCGCGGCCAGCCAGCCGCGGGCAUGCGGGCGCGAGCCUGGUCCUGGUGGGCGGCGCUGCUGCUGGGCGCGGUGGGCGCGCGCGAGCUGGACCCCGCCGCGUGUGCGCCGCGCUUCGAUGUACAGCACGAUAAGAUUAUCCGCACGGAGGAGUCGCGCGAGAUGGGCGCGCGGUACCUCUCCGAGCUGGACGUGGGCGCGCGCCACGAGUGCCUGCGCCUGUGCUGCGAGACGGACUCCUGCGACGUGUUCGUCUACGAGGAGAAGGUCGGUCUCCGCUGGUUCCCGCUGUUAACGGUAGCUGUACAGUACCGACAGCUUAUCCGCUAGUCGGAUGACGUCUAAAGAAUCGCUGAGUGUUUCGUUAAUUCUGCGGCGUAGUACGUGUGAGGUAC